AUGUCCUCGGAUAACAACCUGAUCAAACUGUUCUCCUCAAUUCUACAGAGUUUACACCAAUAUGGCGGACCCGUUUUAAUGAUUACAGGAACUAUCAGUUCUAUACUCAGCUUGUGUGUCUUUUCAAGAAGAAGUUUACGCAAAAAUCCAUGUACAAUCUAUCUCAUAGGUACAAACAUUGCCAGUCUUUUCUUAAUCUACACGUCAAACUUAACUUUGACAUUAACAUAUGGCUAUUCGAUCGAUUUAACUAGAUACAACUUAUUUUUCUGUCGUUUCCGUGCUUAUACGCUGUACGUUUUCGAUGUCUUGUCCCCAAGCUAUUUAAUAUUGGCUUCUAUUGAUCGAGUAUUGAUUACAUCACGUAAUCCUUUAACACGACGCAAAAGCACUGUUCGUCGUGCCUAUACUUGUAUCAUGAUUGUGACAAUAUUCUGGUUAAUAGUUCACACUCAUGCAUUGAUUCUUAUGGAAUUGAAAACAUUCCCAUCAGGUUCCAUUGUUUGUGUUUUUUAUUCCGAUUUGUAUUUAUCAGUGAUGAGUUAUUAUCCACUGGUCACAAAAGUCAUUCUUAUUCCUUCUAUGUUAAUCACUUUAGCUUUGUGGACAAUACAGAAUGUUGGAACAACAUUGAGAGUGACUCAUCCUGUUGCUGCACAAGUCUCCAGAGUAAUACCAAGCAGGAAUGUUACUAAGCCGAAAUCAAAAGAUCGACAACUUAUUCGAAUUUUACUGGUGAGCAUCACGACCUACAUUGUAUUCAAUAUAAUUCAAUCUGCUAUUCUCAUAUACCAAGAAGUUACGAAAUUUUAUACGAAAACAUAUUUGCAAUCUCGAAUCGAAGGAUUUGUUCUUAUUCUCAGUGCCACUGUCACAUCGAUACCUUUUUGUAUCGAAGCUUACACCAAUCUUAUAGUCUCAAAAACCUUUCGGCAGGAAGUAAAAAAUAUCUUUACUUGCAAAUAA